CCUUCCCUCCCUUCCAGAGAAACGACAAAACUAGCUACUGGUGUUUAUGGGUCUCGCUAAUGAAUCCACUCCUAAGUGAUCAUUGAAGCCUUAGGUUUGCUUAACACGAGGUGUAGAGACCUCUGAAGGAUAUGUGAGCUCCUGAGAGGAAGUUUGUGGGGGUGUCUGCGCUGAGACUGAUCCAGAAUCAGAUUUAUGGAAGGCAGCUGUUGAGGGUUUGACAGACAGACGGAUCGGAGCACUGCUGCGUAAGACAAGCAGAUUCGAGCCGACAGAGGAGUGUGUCAGAUCACACUAAAAGGCAAAGAUGGUGCGUGAGCAGUACCUCACCACCACAGAUGAAUCUGGGGCUCUGGCUCCAGUCACUGAAUACAUCUACAUGAUCGGCAUCUACGGGUGGAGGAAGCGCUGCCUUUAUCUGUUCGUCCUGCUUCUGCUCAUCAUUCUGGUGGUGAACUUUGCCCUCACGAUCUGGAUCCUGCGAGUCAUGUGGUUUAAUACGGAGGGCAUGGGAUACCUGCAGGUCAAUGAAGAUGGGCUGAGGCUGGAGGGUGAAUCUGACUUUUUGUUCCCUGUCUAUGCCCAGGAAAUUGAUUCCAGAGAGGAUUCAGCUCUUCUGGUGCACUCCUCUGAAAAUGUCACGCUCAAUGCUCGCAAUGCCAAUGGUGAUGUAACAGGAAGUGUAUCCGUAGGUCCCAGUCAGGCCGAGGGUUUUGGCCAACACUUCAAUAUCAGUUCCAACCAUGAUGAAAAUUUAUUUUAUGCAGAUGUAAAUGGAGCCGUCGUGGGAAAAGGAAAGCUCCGUGUUACAGGUCCAGAAGGUGCCAUCUUUGAGCAUUCUGUCAGGACUCCAAUGGUCAAAGCUGUACUUAACAAAGAGCUAAAGCUAGAGUCUCCGACACGUUCUCUCAGCAUGGAUGCCCCAAAAGGCGUCCACGUCAAAGCCUUGGCUGGAAAUGUUGAUGUGACGGCACACUUCGAUAUUCAGCUACACUCAGCUGCAGGACUGUUGAUUUUAGAUGCUGAAAGUGUUCGUCUGCCGACUUUACCAGUAGGAGAAGCCAGAACAUCAGGUGAAUCUCAGGGAAUGUACAACACAUAUGAAGUGUGCGUUUGUCCCAGCGGUAAGCUCUUCAUCUCCAGAGCUGGUGUCUUCUCGACCUGCAGUGAACACCAUGACUGCUAAUGACCUUCUGUCCGUAACGCCCACACUAGAAACAAAUCCUGUUGGUACAUUGUCUUGGGUGAGGUAAAAAAAAACAAACAAAAAAAACACAGUAUGUAUUAACAUGUUACUGAAUCAGAUCAGAGGUUCAGAGAUUUAUCUGUUUGGUUUGGGUUUAAUCAUGAUAGGGAUUCGGGAAGAUGAAAUAUACAGUAUAUACAACACACUUCCUUUGGAAAUUUGUAACUAUUUAUGUUUUGGUGAAUUGGUGGAAACAAGUGUUUCCGAACAAUCCCCACUGACGUUUAGGACCCUACGAUUACAUCACAUCGCAUGAAUUCAUAUAAAAUCACCUUGUAAAAUAGUUACAUUUUCUAAUUUGAGAUUGGGUUGUGUAGACUGUACUAUAUAAUAUUAUGAAACUAAAUUAUUGUACGUUUUCUUUUUUGUAUGAAAAAUGGUUCAAAAUUAGGCUGGGCAAAUAAAGGGGCUGGUAAACAGCUGACAUCCUAUGCAAUAUAAUAUUGAGGUGCAAUAACCAAAUUCUGUGUGUUGCAAAUAGUUAUUGUUUAAAGAUGCACUCAUUAAUAGAGAAACUAUUACAAAUAAAACACGCAUGUGCUUCUCCAAGGGUUAUGAAAUCAGUUUUUUAUUAUUAUUUUUUUAUUAUUAAGUCAUGUAUAAUAAUACAUUUUUUGUGUGAAGACACUACCUACAGUCCUAAAGCAGUUCCAUGAAACAUAAUCGAAUCCAAAUGUCUCUCGUUUUUGUCAAAUGGCAAAAUCGAUGCAUGUUACUGCCAAAACAGCUGGGGUAUUCAGAGUAACCACAUUCUGUUCUGUAUGUAAAAUAUUAACAUUAUUAAUCUAGUAAAGCAUUCUUUCAAACUUUAUACACAACGGUUCGAUAUCAAAUUGGGCAUCUCCAUUUAUUUCAGGUGGAUAAGUAUCAAAAUGCAAAUUUUCCUACGGCAGCUUGAAACUUGGGAUUUGUGUGUUUUGCAUAUGUUCUGUUUGAAAAUGCUGAGAGUUAUUAUGUUUGUAUAUACAUUAGUAUGGGCAUCUUCACAUUUAUACAUCAGUUGUAUAUUAUAUUUUGGGUGAUGUAUAUUUUCUCAGUGGAAAAACUCAUAUUUUGAAGUGUAUAUAUAUAUAUAUAUAUUUUUUUUUCACGUUCAGUGUUUUGAUACAAGUUGACAUUAUAAUUUCAUUUAAAAAAAUCAUUUAACUUAGUUCACCCAAAAAUGAAAAAGGAACAGUUAAUAAAAAAAAAAAAAUGUGUCAUCAUUUACUCAUCCUCAAAUAAUUCCAAAUCUUUAUUUAAGGUAAAAUCUUGCGCACUAUUUUGUUAUCGUUAUUACCUGAUACCAUUUGAUUGAACAGUAAAUUCAGAAGAUAUUUUUAAGAAUACUGUCAGUGGGUCUGAAACUAGCAGAGCUGUAAUAUGACAUUCAGAGAUCGAAACAAAGCACAAAAUAUAUUUGUUCAAACAAUACAGUAGACCAGUGUUUAAUUUCAGUCUCUCACAGUUAAACAAAGAAAAUGGAUGAAAAACAUCGACAUUGAGCACCAUUUGAGCAUCUAUGUUCCUCUUACACAAAUUUCAGAGAACGUCAUGCAAAAAAUUCUGCAAGUAGACGACAAGAGGUUCCCAUUGUGAAUAAUAGAAAAUGCAUAUUUAAUCAAUGUGUUUUUGAGGAACUAUGCUUGUUGUACUGUAGGAUGUGUACAUAGCAGUUAACCGACACAUGACAUUUCAAGAGAAAAUGUUAAUUUUUAAAUAGUAAUAUGCGCUAAAACUACAUCCAGUAUCUUUGUAUGGGAAAUAAAAAGUGCUCUUUUGUGCCCCCAGCCAACAAUGUAUACAUGUAUAGUUCAGUUGCAAUAAAGUUGAUUGUGAAAUAUGGAAUAAA